AUGUCGCAUAUGGAGGCUUCCGAGAAAAAGGAAGACCUCACCAGUCUUCCCCUCGAACAACCCGGCGAAACAAGCAUAACCAGCAACGAUGCAGAACGCAAAGUCCUUUCCAAAUUCGACAAGUUUGUCAUGCCUCAAAUGGCCAUUCUCGUUCUCUUUGCCUACUUAGAUCGAACAAACAUAGGAAACGCCCGAGUCUUCGGCUUCGAAGAAGACACAGGCAUGCACGGAACCCAAUUCAACGACGUAUCAAUGUACUUCUACAUCUCCUACGUCAUCUUCGAAACACCCUGGGUUCUCGCCGUUAAGAAGUUCGGGCCGGGAAAGGUUCUUGCUAUUGCAAUUAUUAGCUGGAGUGCUAUUACGCUUGGUACUGGCUUUGUGCACUCCUACGGGCAAGUCAUUGCUUGUCGCGUGUUACUCGGUUUCUUCGAAGCUGGCCUUUUUCCGUCACUCAUGUUUGUCAUUUCGCAGAUUUAUCCUCCUGCGUCGCAAGGUAAACGUAUGGCUGUGCUGUAUGUAUCUAUUGCGCUUUCUGGAGCUUUAGGAGGACUUAUUGCGUAUGGGAUUCAGAGUAUGGGUGCACGACAUGGACUAUCUGCUUGGAGAUGGCUGUUUAUUAUUGAAGGUGCUAUUUCGUUUCUUGUUGGAGCUAUUUGCUGGUUGAGCUUGCCCAGUUCUCCUGAGACGGCUUGGUUUCUUAACGCUGAGGAGAAGGCGACGAUGAGACUCAUCAAGGAGCGCAAUAACCCGUUUAAGGAAACUGUCAAGUUCUCUUGGAAGCAGGUUGGUAUGGCUGUUACUGAUCCGCUUAUUUGGCUUGCUUCUAUUGCCUUGUUUUGUUCUUCUAUUGCAUUGUUUGGCUUUGGAACUUUCUUGCCUACCCUUCUCAAAGGUCUCGACUAUACUUCGUUACAAGCCAACUAUCUCAGUAUUCCCGUCUAUGUUCUGGCAUCCAUCUUCACGGGUGCCACUACAUACGUCUCCGAUCGCCUCAACCGCCGAGCAAUCUGUCUCAUCCACUCCCCCCUCCUUGUCAUAGCCGGCUACGCAAUCGCUGUCGGCACAGGCCAUAAAGGUGCAGGUUUCUUUGCCAUGUUCCUCGUCGGCAGCGGAGUCUACUCCUUCAACACCGUGGUAGUAACCUGGAUCUCCAACAACGUCCAGCCAGACUACAAGCGCUCCGUCGCUAUCGCUACCAUCAUAUCGAUCGGCAAUGCCUCUGGAAUGGCAGCUUCUCAGAUUUAUCCCAUCAGAGACGCUCCGAGAUACGUAACUGGAAAUGCCAUCUCGCUUGGAGGCGAGGUUAUUGCGUUGGUUUGCAUUGGACUUAUUUAUGGUCUUCUUAAGUGGAGGAUGAGACAGAAGGAGAAGGCUUUGGCGAGAGGUGAUGAUAGUAAUGGUAAGGAAGGUGAUCAGAGCUUGGACUUCAAGUAUGUCUUUUAG